CAGGAUGAGACCGCAGCAACUAAGACGUGAGAGAGACUGGAGGAAGUAACAGGCAGAUUUCACAAGCUGCAAAGAGAGGCAGAGGGCACCUAUAUUGUUUGACUGAAGAACAUUAGUUUGGGACUUACAACUAGUAUGGCUGCCUGGGAUCUGUCUGUGACAGUGGAGGAGCUUGGCCCAGAGGCCCCACCCCUCAAAGUUAGCGUGACCUCAGACCUGCACAUUGGUGGCGUCAUUCUCAAAAUUGUGGAGAAGACACAGAUAAAGAAGGAUUGGUCAGACCAUGCCCUGUGGUGGGAACAGAAGCAGCAGUGGCUGCUCCGACCAUCCUGGACCCUUGAGAAGUAUGAAAUCCAUGCCGACGCUCGCCUGAGCCUCACCCCCCAGCACAAGCCUCUAAGACUGGGGCUACCCAACGGGACCACCCUGAGGCUUCAGGCCUGCUUCUCUCGUCCAGUCUUCCAAACGGUCAUGGGGGUCUGUCAUCUGCUGAACCUGCGUCACCCAGAGGAGCUGUCGUUGUUACGGCCAAUGGAGGUGAAGAAAAAGAAAAAAGACAAGGAGGCAGAAGAGGAAGUAGUAUACGAUCUAACAGGCCUUCGGACCUCAUCAGGUCCAGCUCACACCCUGUCCAAUGGCAUGCCUAUUCACUUUGCUGACUCACUGCAGACUGAGGCUGUGUAUAAGAUGUUGUCUGUCAGCCUACCUGCACCUGCUCCUGAGACUAUCACCAAGAUGGCCCGUCCCACCAGCCUUAUGGACAAGGCACAAGUUCACAGCAGAUGGCUGGAUUCGUCUCGUUCUCUGCUCCAACAGGGAGUGCAGGAGCAUGACAGGCUGCUACUACGCUUCAAAUACUACUGCUUCCAUGACCUGGAUCCCAAGUAUGAUGCGGUCCGUCUGACCCAGCUGUAUGAGCAGGCUCGCUGGGCCAUCUUGCUGGAGGAUGUUGACUGCACAGAGGAAGAGAUGAUGCUCUUUGCUGCCCUUCAGUACCACAUUGGUAAGGUGUCUCUGUCAGAGCCCCAGCCGAUGACAUCAUGUCCUGCCAUGGAUGAUCUUGACUCUGCCCUUCAGUGUUUGGAGGUGAAGAUGGAAGCGGAGGAGAGUAUCACUGCGGAUAUGCUGGAAACAAUGACGGUAGCACCAGAGCUGCAGGGCUACUUGAAAAUCUUCAGACCAAAAAGACUGACACUAAAGGGCUAUAAACAGUUCUGGUUCGCAUUCAACAACACAUCCAUCUCCUACUACAAGAGUAAAGAGGAGAGCCUCAAGGAACCCAUUCAGCAGAUGAACCUCAAAGGCUGUGAGGUGGCCCCAGACGUUAGUGUGGCUGGUCAGAAGUUCUGCAUCAGACUGCUGAUCCCUGGGGCUGAGGGCAUGAACGAAGUCUACCUACGCUGUGAGAAUGAGCUGCAGUACAGCAGGUGGAUGGCAGCUUGCCGUUUAGCCUCCAAAGGGAAGACACUAGCAGACAGCUCUUUCUCUAGUGAGGUGCAGAAUAUCCAGUCCUUCCUGGCCAUGCAGCGAACCAACCCUGGGGCCAAUACUGCUCAGACUGAUGACAGCAUCAACACAUACAGCCUUGUAUCCCCACGCUACCACAAAAAGUACAAAGCCAAACAGCUAACUCCACGCAUCCUGGAAGCCUAUCAGAAUGUGGCCCAGCUCCCUCUAACAGAUGCCCUCCUCAGGUUUCUUCAAAUCUGGCAGGGUCUACCUGACUUUGGGGUGUCCUAUUUUGUGGUGAGGUUUAAGGGAUGCCGUAAAGAUGAAGUCCUUGGGGUCACCAACAACCGUCUCAUCCGCAUUGACCUCAGCAUAGGAGAUGUGGUGAAGACAUGGAGAUACAACACCAUGAGGCAGUGGAAUGUCAACUGGGAUAUUCAACAGAUGGCCAUUGAGUUCAAUGGCAAUGUCAACAUUGCCUUCAGCUGUGUGACUGCAACCUGCAAGAUUGUGCACGAGUACAUUGGGGGCUACAUCUUCAUGGCCACACGCACCAAAGAGCAGGCCGAGGUGUUGAACCAGGAGCUCUUCUUCAAGCUGACUGGUGGUCAUGAAGCCAUUUAAACACCAUGAAUAUCUGUAUCUCAGAAUUAUAUUAAUGCACCUCUUCAUGGUUUUACGUUACAUGGACAUGCAGUAUUAGAGCAGGUUGUCAGAGUGACCAAGACUUUCACUGGUAAAGUGGUCAGUUGAACACGUUCUGCACAGGCUACCAUUUCCACAAUUGUAUUGUUAUUACUCGACCAUACAAUAUGUUUUUCUGGCGUUAUAAAAGUCCAUUUAGUUUUCAAAUGUUUGUGUAUUUUUGUAUUGAAAUGUAUUCAAUAGGCUACAUCAAUAAUAUUAAAUGAAUGGCAAGCAAA